CAAGAGUCUCAAGGAUCAUUCUGGAGGAUGGAAAGAGGAAGCUCUCCUCUGGAAAAGCUCUCAGCACUGACCCUGGGAGGCAGUGGUUCCUCAGCCUUCCUUUCUACCCUAAGGGAGAAUGGUGACCUCUCCUUUUGCUUGAUUCAGUGUCAGUGCUCAGGAAGGGGCCCACGUGCCUCACGAUCAUCUGUCAUCCAAUGCAAGCCAGGAGGCAACUGCCCCAGCAGACACAGAGGCAUGACUAGGCAGCUCUCCCCUCUAUCUGUUGCUGAAGAUUCUGCUGCUCCCAUUCUUGAGCUGCAGAAUCGAAGUCCCUCAGGAAUCUGUCGGCACAGCAGAGUCGAGAGGCAGAGCAGAUCAGGAGAAGAAGGAACACAAACACACACAGAGAGCAGCAGCCAAGAAGCUGAAGGACAGACACGAUGUCAGUCUUGCACAUCCACAUUUCUCAAGCUUAUCUGGAGAUUUCUGAUCAUUUUGUCCGUCUCUUCCUCCUGGGUCGGGACCACGCAGUUUGUCAAAAUCACGUAUGAGACCUUUGACUGUCCUUUUUUCAUGACUUGGUUCUCAACAAAUUGGAACAUUAUGGUUUUUCCCAUUUAUUAUUCUGGGCAUCUUGCAACUGCACAGGAAAAACAGUCUCCAAUCAAAAAAUUCAGGUAG